AUGGAUGAUCGUAAAAAAGAUGGAAUGAAUAACCAAGCUGAUCGUGGUAAGUCGUCUUUGCAGUUCAAGAGUUAUUCCAAUAUGGUUUUGCCGAGAAGGGGUAUUGUCAUCAAUGAUCCUAAGCCGAUCAAUGUCAUCGAUGAACUAACCAAAGUUACGGUUUCAGUACCGUUAGAUAAGCCGGUGAACCUAGGGUCUGAUUGUGGUGAACUGAAUUCUAGUAAGGAUGGGCAAAAUGUGGACAAAGGGAUUAGUGGGGAUAAUGCUAGUUCUUCGAAAGCAAGAUCAUAUGCUGAUUCGUUAUUUACUAACAAGUCUUCAAAGCUGAAUUUUAGAGCUCUUGCUAGCGAAAGUGUCCAUGAGGGGUGUGAUGUUGUUCUUCCAAAGGAAUCUGUGCGGGUAGUUCGAGACAAAAUGGCUAACACCCUAUAUGGUUAUUUUCUGGGGGAUCGGGUAGCGUAUCCAGUGGUUGAUUAUUUCGUGCGUAACAACUGGAAAAAAUAUGGUGUCCAGAAAUCUAUGAUGAACGCUAAUGGGUUCUUUUUUUUCAAGUUCGCGGAUGAAGCAAGUAUGCUGAAUGUUUUGAAAGAUGGCCCAUGGAUUAUUCGAUCGCAACCUUUAUUUCUUGAUAUUUGGAGCCCGACUUCAAAACUAGAAAAAAAGGAAGUAAAGAAAGUGCAGAUUUGGGUUAAAAUUCAUGAUGUUCCGAUUGCGGCGUACACGGAGGAUGGUUUAAGUAUGAUUGCAACCACGAUUGGUGAGCCUAAACUUUUGGAUUCUUACACUUCGACUAUGUGUAUGGACAUGUGGGGUCGGAGUAGCUAUGCAAGAGCAUUAAUAGAGGUUUCGGCUGACAAGUGCUUAAGGGAGAAGGUUACUUUAGCGAUUCCUGAACCAGAGGGGGAGGGUUUUAUUAAGGAGUCCAUGUCGGUUGAGUAUGAAUGGUCCCCUUUGAGAUGCGGUCAUUGUUGUGUUUUUGGGCAUUCCGAUGAAGCUUGUCCUAACCAACCUAAACAGCAGGGUAAUAUCCGUAAUGAUAAUAGGGCUGGUAAGAAACCUGUGAUCGAUGAGGAGGGUUAUACAGGUGUGCAUGGAAAGAAGACUGCUAAGAAAACUGGUUUCCCGGUGAAUAAGCCGAAACCAAAGUUCGAGUAUCGGCCUGUUGUGUCUAAGAAAAAUCAUGUGCCGGGCAGUGGGUCUUCCGAAUCUAACUUUCAAUCCACUAAUCCUUUUGAUGUUCUUAAUAAUUUAAGUGGUAAUGAGGAGGAAGCCGGUAGUAAGCCAGCGGAGGUUCACGUGGUUGAUGACGAGGCUGAGGUAGAAGACGAGUUUGAGAAAAGGGACGAGUAUGAGCUCGAUGAUUUCUGGUGUCAAGGUACUCUUAAGAAUGAUAAUAAAAAAGGGGCAAGCACUCCUUCUUCGUCGGGUUAUCAUGUGGUUUAUGCCGCCAACUAUUAUGUUUCUCGUAGGGAGUUAUGGAACCAUCUCGGUUUGCAUAAAGCUCUUGUCGGUAGUGAGCCAUGGGUUAUGCUAGGAGAUUUUAAUUCAGCUUUGUAUCUAGAAGAUAAGUCUAUGGGGUGUUCGUCGUUUUCAGCUAGCAUGAGAGAGUUUCAAACAUGUGUUAAUGACAUUGAAAUGCUGGACUUGAAUCGUUCGGGUCUUCACUUUACGUGGAGUCAAAAGCCUAAGAAGGGGAUCGGUUUAAUGAAGAAAAUUGAUAGGGUCAUGGGAAAUUCUCAUUUUAUAUCUCAAUACCCAAAUGCGGUCGCUGUCUUUUGUCCAGCUCGGUUAUCGGAUCAUAGUCCUAGUGUUCUCAAAAUUCCGGUUGUUGGGAAGGUAAAACACAAGUCUUUCAAGUUUGCUAAUUUUCUUGUUCAUAAGCCUGAGUUUUUAGACAUUGUGAAGCGUAUGUGGGAUAUGGAAGUUAGAGGCGUGUUUCAGUUCUCAGUUGUGAAAAAGCUUCGGAUGCUAAAAUCGCCUCUCCGUCAGUUGCUCUUUAAGCAGGGCAAUUUGCACAAAAAAGUUCAAGGUUUACGUGUUGAGCUUGAUGGGAUCCAGAUAGAGAUUGAUAAUGAUCCGGCUAGUUUGGUUCUUCGUGAGAAAGAAACUUCUAUUCGCUGUAAAUAUCAAGAAGCUUUACUGGAUGAAGAGCGUUUCUUAAAACAAAAGUCCAAGGUGGAUUGGUUGGCAGUUGGGGAUAUGAAUUCGGCUUUUUUCCAUUCUUCUCUUAAAAACAAAGUUCAUUAUAGUCGCAUCAAUGUUAUUCAGGAUGUUAGUGGUAAGGUGUACGAGGAUGACCUAGUUCAACUAGCAUUUGUUAAUCAUUAUGAGAACUUUUUGGGUCAACAAGGUGAUACGUCGCUUAACCCGGCUUCAGAGUUAUUUUCGAAUAAGUUGAAUGUUGAUGUCGCGGGUCACAUGGUGCGUCCAGUUACAGCCGAUGAAGUUAAAAAGGCGAUGUUCUCGAUUGGUUCAGAUAAAGCUCCGGGUCCUGAUGGUUUUACGGCUGGCUUCUUUAAAGCCGCCUGGCCUAUUAUCGGAAGUGAGGUUUCGAAUGCUGUGAUGGAUUUUUUUGCUACAGGUAAGAUGCUUAGGGAAUUGAACCACACGAUUAUUGUUCUCCUCCCCAAGACCUCCUCUCCAUAUGUGGUUACGGAUUAUCGUCCGAUUGCUUGUUGCAAUGUUUUAUACAAGUGCAUCAGCAAGAUUGUUGCUGAAAGAAUUAAAGUGGGUUUGAAUGAUAUUGUUAGUGUCAACCAAUCAGCUUUUGUGCCAGGCAGGAAGAUUUCAGAUAAUGUUUUGCUAACUCAAGAGUUGAUGCAUAACUAUCAUCGUAAUAUCGGCCCUCCGAAAUGUGCGUUCAAAGUGGAUAUUCAAAAGGCUUAUGAUACUGUUGAUUGGAAGUUUCUGAAAGGAAUUUUGUUUGGUUUUGGCUUUCAUCCUAGAAUGGUUCAUUGGAUUAUGUUGUGUGUGUCCACCACAACAUAUUCGGUUUGUGUUAAUGGCGAAGUUCAUGGAUUCUUCAAGGGUAACAGGGGUUUACGUCAAGGUGAUCCGGUUUCUCCUUAUUUAUUUACUCUCGUCAUGGAAGUCCUUACAGCCAGCUUACAGCAUAUGGUUAAGAUUGAUAAUUCGUUUAAAUUUCAUAACAAAUGCGAGCGUCAACAGAUUAUUAAUUUAUGUUUUGCGGACGAUUUGUUUAUUUUCGCAAAGGGUGAAAUUGCUUCAGCUAGGUGUAUUAUGAAGGCUCUGGAUUCUUUUUCUAAAAUGUCGGGUUUGGUGCCUAGCGUUCAGAAAAGUACUGUGUUCUUCUCGAAUGUUCCAUCAUAUGUGAAAUCGGCUAUUCUGAAUCUUAUGCCUUUUAAGGAGGGUUCGCUGCCUGUUAGAUAUCUGGGGGUGCCCCUUAUUUCUUCGCGGUUGCUUCAAAAAGAUUGUUUUGUUUUAGUGGAAAAGUUUGAGAACCGUAUUAUGCAUUGGAGGAACAAACUUCUGUCUUUUGCAGGUAGGUUGCAACUUAUAAACUCUGUUUUAUCAUCCAUGCAUAUUUAUUGGUCGUCUGUGCUUACUUUGCCGAACCGGAUCAUCCAAAAGUUGGAGGCUUUGAUGCGGAAUUUUCUUUGGUCUCAUGAUACUGCAUUCCAAAAAGGCCGUUCCAAAGUUUCGUGGAAAGCGGUGUGUGUUCCUAAGCUUGAGGGUGGUUUAGGUAUUCGCCGAAUUUGUGAUGUUAAUAUAGCUCUUAUGGCAGCUCAUAUCUGGAGUAUCCUAGCGAGGCGUCAUUCCAUCUGGGUUGAUUGGGUUCACUCCUACAGGUUGAAAGGUAAAAGUUUUUGGGUGUGUAAAAUCCCGUCUAACUGUUGCUGGUCUUGGAGAAAGCUUCUUCAGCUUCGCCCGAUGUUGAGAAAGUUUUUUUGGUCCGAUAUUGGUAAUGGUGCGACUACUUCAGCUUGGUUCGAUACGUGGAGUGACUUAGGGUCGUUGGAUCAGUUUCUCUCGCCAAGAGUCAUUGCUAACGCGGGGUUUAACUUGGAGUCUAAGGUGGCCGAUGUUCAUUCAGCUAACUCUUGGAGCUGGCCGGUUGCUUGGCGAGACUCUUACCCGGUUCUUAUUCAGCUUGAUAAUGUGUUAUUGCAUCCGAAUAGAGCUGAUAAAGUCUUGUGGCGGCAAGGUGAUCAUAAACAUGUUUUCUCGUCGGCAAGAGUGUGGGAGGCGGUUCGGCAUCAUGAAGCGGAGGUGGAUUGGUGCCGUAUUGUUUGGUUUGGUCAGUGUAUUCCGCGACAUGCGUUUUUAGUUUGGCUUAUCAUGAGAAGAAAGCUGCUUACUCAAGAUAAAAUCCUGAGCUGGGACUUCUCGCGGAGGAAAAAAAUUGUAUAA